AACAACUUGCAAAAAUGCUUUGUCUAGUAGUACUUUCUUGCGUGGCUUUAUCUCAAGCCUCCCAGAUUUUGCCGGCAAUCCUUCCUCAUGCCCAGCCUUACAACUUCGGGUACGCAAUCAGGGAUCACACCAGUGACCAAUACAGACAGGAAAAAGGAAAUGGACUCGGAGGUGUAGUGGGAAGCUACGGUUUCAAAGAUGCCAGAGGUAUCUUCCGUAACGUCAACUACGUCGCUGACCAUGCUGGAUUCAGAGCGGUAGUCAACGGCAACGAACCAGGCACCGCCAAUCAAAACCCAGCAGAUGUUAUCGUCAAUCCUCUUCAACCUGUUGUAGUUAAAGCAGUCGAACCUAUUCCCCCUGUUCCCGUGGCCACUGUCCCAACUGCUCUUGGAGAUUACAGAUUCGGACCUGGAUUCGCAGAUGCCUUUGGGUAUCAGGGUGUCAACUUUGCUGUUCCUCUAAUCGGAGGAGCUGUUCGAGGAUACGACAGCCGAUUCGCUAAUGUGAUCGUUUAAAUAAUGUUUCUCUUGUAAAAUAUUGAGUUCUUCGAGAAAUUUAAUAGUGAUUCUAAUAACUCCUUUCAUUUCUUAAGAAAAUGCUUAGCUAUUU